AUGAAACGCCCUUUCAGCCAAUUGUUUGUGCCAAAUCCUGAGCUGGAGCCCAUUGGUGUUGGAACAGGGCCGUUGGAUGAAAUGGACAUGGAGUCAUACUGCAACAUCCAGGACAGCCCAGAACCAGAGGGCCAGUCACCAGGGGGCGCCCUGCAUUCUUCACUCCACAGACCCAAAAGAGAAAGGAAGCAGAGGACCUACACGGUGUGUGAGGUCUGCAACAUCCAACUCAACUCAUCCGCGCAGGCCCAGAUCCACUACAACGGCAAAUCCCACCAGAAGAGGCUGAAAAAGAUCAGCCACGGCAAAAUGCCAAACAGCACAGGUACAUCUGCUCAGGGCGGCCCCCUCCUCGCCUCUCUCCCAGUCCCAGGAAGACCUCUGCAGCCUCAUCUCAACCUCAAACACCUCCUACCUUUCAGGAUCAAUGGAUCCUCCCCCCUCAGCCUCUUUCCCAACUUCAACACGAUGGACCCGGUCCAGAAGGCAGUGAUCAACCACACGUUUGGUGUCCCUCAGCCCCUCAAGAAGAAACAGAUCAUCUCCUGCAACAUUUGUCACCUGCGCUUUAACUCCACGAACCAAGCGGAAGCCCACUAUAAAGGUCACAAGCAUGCCCGGAAACUGAAAGCCAUCGAGGCCCAGAAGAACAGGCAGCGACGAGCUGCGGAUGCCUCGUCCACGGGAAGAGUACGAGAGCGAAGCAAGAUGCCCACUGAUGCAGCUCUUCCUGCUCUUACAGAUGCAAGCUUUGAGAAGGAAAGCAGCAGACUUCAGUCGAGUCGAGAACUCGCCAUCCUGGAGAGGAAGCACGAGGAGAGUCCCAGGAGCUCGGUCAUGUUGACACCAGUGUCCGAGGAUUCCUCUGUGGAAAUGGUCACCCUGUCCCCUCCUCAGAUUUCACCUUUCUCGCAGCUCUCCGAGUCGGCGUCAGACACCAGCGCCCCGGAGAUCACAGAGGUCACAGCGGUCACAAAGGUCACAAAGGUCAUAAGUCUGAGCAUCGAGUCCCGCAGCCUUUCAGACUCGUCAAACAGGGAUCCGCAUGCAGACGACGACAAAGAGCCCAAAAAGAGCAAAGCUCACCUGCAUUGUCCUGUUUGUAAAGUCACAAUGAACUCCAUCUCCCAGCUGGACGCACAUAACAGCGGCACAAAGCACAAACUGAUGCUGGAAGGUCACGCCGUCCUGCCUCGACGCAGGGGGAAAGUGGUGGCAGCUCGAGGCGGCUGCAAGAGCAAGCGGCUCGGCAGCAAAGGCAGCAAAGGCGUGCCCAGCAAGAACUUCCAGUGUGAAGCGUGUGAGAUCGUUGUGAACUCCCAGACCCAACUGAGCCAGCACAUGAACAGCAGAAGGCACAAGGACAGGCUGGCUGGAAAACCACCCAAACCCAAGUUUACCCCCUACAGCAAAAGCCAGCCGAGCUCCGGCUUAACGAACAUGAGAUGGAGUGGCUACGCGGGCGUGGCUGUGACCGCCAUGAAGAAAGCGUUCACCCAUUGCAACCUCACCUUCUCCUCGCAGACCAAACUGGCCUUGCAGAAGCAGCUGACCAAGAGUUUGACAAGUGGCUUCCUGCCAAGUCCCUUCACCCCGCCAACUCUGUGCACAAUGGCAACUAACCCGUUUGCUCUGCGCCAUCCUGUGGGCACCACCACCUUCAUCCAGACCCCAUUCCUUGGCCCCGCAUUGUUCCGGCCUGCCCCGGGGCCACUGCGGGCCAUGCACACUCCCAUCAUCUUCUCCCCCUACUAAGGGCUUAACCAACCCUCCCAGUUAAGCUCCAAACAUAUCCCUUUACCAAACCCAAGGCCCUCCUUUGAUGUGACACAAACGGCGAAGGUCACAAGCAAACUAUGCAGCCCACUUGACUUAAAAUGGGAAGAGUGCACCAAUGGUACUGACCACCUGAGAGCUCUUCUUAACAAAAAGGCCAAGAUCCCUCAUCAUGCCUUCUCUCUGCUCCUCCUAUACUGACCUCAGGAGCAGGACAGGCCUGCAGACAGUGACUGGCACAAAGAGGCCGAUUUUAUAGCCAUUUUAUGGGUCAACAUGGUUUAAAUUAUAAAUAUAUAUAUAUUAUUGUGUAAUUUAUUAGAGAACCAAUAUAGACAAGUCUAGAUGUAUGUUUAGUGUGGUUUCCACAAAAAAGGUCCCUUUACUUGAUGCUCUUUUAACUUAAAUGU